CUGCGGAAUUGUCCUUGGAAGUUUGUUUACUUGGGCCUUAUGUCUGUGAAGUUAGCGAGCAAACAACGCAUCUAAAAGCGGCAUUUUGCCGAUUAUAGCUGGCUAUUUAGCUGCCUUGUUUUUAACAAAGCUUGAAGAUGGCAUUAGAAGUUCGUGCUGCGGUGAGUUUUUACAAUAUUGACUAGCUAAUGUGUUUUUUGUGUGCAUGUUACUCACACAGCUAACGUUACCGGAGCUAGUUAGCUUCCCUAGCUGUCUGCUUUCACCUUGCUUUCUUUAGUUACCUAGCCAAUUUACUAGCUUGUAGGUAAGCAACUAGAAAAUAAAACACUGGCAAACGAGCAUGUGCUUUGCCUAAAAUAAAGUUACUUAACCGGCGUAUACUUAACGUUAGCUACCUAAUGUAAUUUCGCAUGGCUAAAUUGAACCUUUUGUCAUUAGCUGACGUUAGCCAUUGCUUGCUAUCUACCCAGCUAACAUAGCAAAGAAACUGCCGACUAACUUAAUUAGCUAUUUUUUUUUUUUUUCAAAUGGUUGGUUUGUUGAAGGCUAAUUUUGUCUUCAACAGUUAAGGAACGCAGAGAACCCAGCACUAAUGGGAAAAGCAAACGUAACUGGCGUAAGAAGGGCUGUACUUGGAGAGCUGUCCAACUUUCCCAAUGCCAGCAAAGCCGUGCCGUCCAAGGUAUGUUGUCUUGCACGGCAUUGUUUGGUCCAUUGUCUGUGAUUUCACUAACUACUCAUCCAGAUCUUUCUCAAACAUGUUUCUCUAUACUCUCUACAGAAGACUGUUCAUGCCAAGGCUUCAACCAAACAAUCUAUGAACCAAAAAGGCCAGCCAGCAGCUGUUCGCCCUAAACGUUCCCCAGUGCCUCAAGUUCCUCAGCCUGAAGAGUCUGCUAACGUGUCCAUGAAAGAAGAGGAAUUGUGCCAUGCGUUCUCAGAAGCUCUGCUUGCUGUAGAAGACAUUGACGAAGGGGAUUCAGACAUGCCACAACUGUGCUCUGAAUAUAUAAAGGAUAUCUAUGGAUAUCUGCUGCGCCUUGAGGUUACUUGUGCUUUCUCUCUAUGCUAACAUGGUGCUGACGAGUUAAAUAUUUUGUAAUGGGACUCACUCUACAUGAAUCUUGAAAUGUCUUCCUUUCUCAACAGACCCAGCAGUCUGUCCGGCCCAAGUACAUGGAGGGCUAUGAGAUCAAUGAACGCAUGCGUGCUCUCCUGAUUGACUGGCUGAUUCAGGUGCACUCCAGGUUCCAGCUACUGCAGGAGACUCUGUAUCUGACUGUGGCCAUCCUGGAUCGCUUUCUUCAGGUAAGCCUCGUGAAAUUUUAUAUUUAUUACCGUUCAAAAGAUUGGGGUCACUUAGAAAUACAAUUUUAUUUGUCACAUACGUGUUUAGCAGAUGUUAUAGCGAGUGUAGCAAAAUGCUUGUGCUUCUAGCUCUGACAGUGCAGUAAUAUCUAACAAUUUCUCAACAUAUACCCAAUCCACACACAACUAGUAAGGAAUGGGAUUUAAGAAUAUAUAUGGACAAGCAAUGAUGGAGCGGCAUGGACUAAGAUGCAGUAUAAUAUUAUAGAAUACAGUAUAUACAUGAGAUGAGUAGUGCAAGAUAUGUAAACAUAAUUAAAGUGACUAGUGUUCUAUUUCUUAGUGGCCAGUGAUUUUAAAUAGGCAGCAGCCUCUAAUGUGCUAGUGAUGGCUAUUUAACAGUCUGAUGGCCUUGAGAUAGAAGCUGUUUUUGAUUCUCAGUCCCAGCUUUAAUGCACCUGUACUGACCUCGCCUUCUGGAUGAUAGCUGGGUGAACAGGCAGUGGCUCGGGUGGUUGAUCUUUUUGGCCUUCCUGUGACAUUGGGUGCUGUAUUUGUCUUAGAUGGCGGGUAGUUUGCCCCCGGUAAUGCGUUCGGCAGACCGCACCACCCUCUGGAGAGCCCUGCGGUUGCGGGGGGUGCAGGCGGCGAUACAGCCUGAAAGGAUGCUCUCAAUUGUGCAUCUGUAAAGGUUUGAGGGUUUUAGGUGCUAGGCCAAAUUUCUUCAGCCUCCUGAGGUUGAAGAGGCUCUGUUGCGCCUGCUUCGCCACUGUCUGCGUGGGUGGACCACUUCAGUUUGACGGUGAUGUGUACACCAAGGAACUUGAAGCUUUCCACCUUCUCCACUGUGGUCCCGUCGAUGUGGAUAGGGGGAUGCACCUCUGCUGUUUCCUGAAGUCCACAAUAAUCUGUUUUGUUAAUGUUGAGUGAGAGUUUAUCACCUCCUCCCUGUAGGCAGUCUCGUCAUUGUUGGUAAUCAAGCCUACUACUGUUGUGUCGUCUGCAAACUUGAUUGAUUUGGAGGUGUGCAUGGCCACGCAGUCAUGGGAGGACAGGAGGGGGCUGAGCACGCACCCUUGUGGAGUCCCAGUGUUGAGGGUCAGAGAAGUGGAGAUGUUGUUUCCUACCUUCAGCCAGUUUACGCUGUUCUGUGACGGGAGUAGUACACAGCGUUGUACAAGAUCUUCAGUUUCUUGGCAGUUUCUCGCAUGGAAUAGCUUUAAUUUCUCAGAACAAGAAUAGACUGACGAGUUUCAGAAGAAAGUUAUUAGUUUCUAGCCAUUUUGAUCAUGUAAUCGAACCCACAAUUGUUGAUGCUCCAGAUACUCAACUUGUCUCAAGAAGGCCAGUUUUUUCAUAAAUUUUUUAUUGCUGCUUUAAUCAGCACAACAGUUUUCAGCUGUCCUAACCUAAUUGCAAAAGGGUUUUCUAAUGAUCAAGUAGCCUUUUUUUAAAUGAUAAACUUGGAUUAGCAAACACAAUGUGCCAUUGGAACACAGGACUGAUGGUUGCUGAUAAUGGGCCUCUGUACGCCUAUGUAGAUAUUCCAUUUAAAAAUCAGCCGUUUCCAGCUACAAUAGCCAUUUACAACAUUAACAAUGUAUUUCUGAUCUAUUUGAAUGGACAAAAAUUGCUUUUCAAAAACAAGAAUUUCUAAUUGACCCCAAACUUUUGAACGGUAGUGUGUUUGUAUAUAUAUUUUUUUUGCCCCUUUCUACUAUCUAGGUGCAACCUAUCGGCCGCAAGAAGCUCCAGCUGGUUGGGGUGACUGCCAUGUUGGUAGCGUCCAAGUACGAAGAGAUGUAUUCCCCGGAGAUUUGUGAUUUCGUUUACAUCACAGACAAUACAUUCACCAAGGCCCAUAUUCGGGAGAUGGAGCAGCUGAUUCUGCAGAGUCUGAACUUUGAGCUUGGACGGCCUCUACCCCUACACUUUCUCAGGAGAGCCUCCAAGGCUGGCAAUGUAGGUUACUCAAUGACAUGCACGUUUUCAUACUAUUGUAGUUAUUCAAAUUGACCCAUCAACAUGAACUGCAAUUAUUAAAUUGUUAGAUGGAAAAGCCAUCAACAACUGAUGGGUUACCAGAAGGUUACAGUGUUACUUGCAUGCAGUGACUCAACCAGUGGUUGUAUUUUCAGGCUGAUGUUGAGAAGCACACCCUAGCCAAGUACCUCAUGGAACUGACCCUCCUUGACUAUGACAUGGUGCACUACCACCCUUCUGAGAUUGCUGCUGCUGCCUUGUGCCUCUCCCAGCUGCUGAUUGAUGAGCUCAACUGGGUAAGCUGCUGUCUCUUGGCAAUUAUUGGGAUGUGUAUGGGAUAUGUCCACUCAAAGUGUAUCAGAAAGAAAUUACAAAAUUCAACCUAGUUUGUCAAACUGUUUUGGCGCUAGCAACAUAUGGUCAAUGUUUUUACAAUUGUUUCCACUCCCUGUGCAGACUCCAACACAGCAGCAUUACUCUACCUAUGAUGAGAACCACCUCAAGCCAAUCAUGCAGCACAUUGCCAAAAAUGUUGUCUCUGUCAAUGAAGGGCGAACAAAGCUUCAGGUAAUUUGUCCUCUGAUAGCUUGACCUUGCUGUAGUGAUCUAAUCUUGUACCAUUGGCUUUGGGUUAAAUGUCAGAUCUUGGAAAGAACCAGUAACAUUGAUUAACUUUGUUCCAGGCUGUCAAGAACAAGUAUGCAAGCAGCAGACUAAUGCGGAUCAGUCUCAUCCCUCAGCUGAAGUCUGCUGUUGUAGAUGGCAUGGCUGCCGCUCUGCUCCCGGGACCUAAACCUUGAUCUCAUAUGUUGUGAAUACGGACUGAAUUUUAAUCUGCUGCACUUUAUUUUUUUAAAACGUUAUUUUCUUUGUCUUUAAGAAAAUCUGUCAUGAGAUGGCCUUUUUGGCCUGCUGCUUUUUAGUACAUGUAAAUAUUUUGCUUUGUACAAAUAAACGCAGUUUUGAACCAUUUUAAAUAUGGUCUUUACAAAAUUAUACUCU